CCCCUCCUCUGCUCUUUGGACGCCCGUCUCGCGGACGGCGCCUCAGGCAGCGCGGCGGACGGCCCGUCCUCCGGCGCGCCGCGGGCCUCGGAGGACCCCAGCGACGGUCGUGGCGUAAGACCGGGGAGACGCGGCGAUAGCGGCGGCCGUUGGGAUUGAUUGCGCUGGUUGCCUCCGGCGUCCACUUCCCUAGCCGCCCUUGCUACACUGGCUGAUUGUUGUGCAGCCGGCGCCAUGUCUGUGAGCGAGAUCUUCGUGGAGCUGCAGGGCUUUUUGGCUGCCGAGCAGGACAUCCGAGAGGAAAUCCGAAAAGUUGUACAGAGUUUAGAACAAACAGCUCGAGAGAUUUUAACUCUACUGCAAGGGGUCCAUCAGGGUGCUGGGUUUCAGGACAUUCCAAAGAGGUGUUUGAAAGCUCGAGAACAUUUUGGUACAGUAAAAACACAUCUAACAUCUUUGAAGACCAAAUUUCCUGCUGAACAGUAUUACAGUCAGAAAUUAAAGUUUGCUUGUUUCUUGGUCUGGAUUAAACUGUUUGUCCUCCUUUUCAGACAGAGCAUCACAGUCAGGGCUGACACCAAAAUAAGACUUUCCCUGAGCCUGAAUUUUUUUUUUUUAUCUACUGUAAUAAGCAUCAAACAAGCAAAAAUAAACAAUGUCCCUUCCCCUGAACAACAACACCAAUAACAAACAUUUAAAGGCGGUA